UGGUCAUGAUAAAAUUGUGAAGAAGCUGUGUUUUGCUUUGCUUGUUGCAUGUCCUCCACAUUUGAUAACAUACAUAACAGAUUAACACAGCCCUCUUUAGAAACAGACAGCUGGUCAGAAUCCUUUAGUAAAUAUUCAAGCAAAUUGCGGUAAGUGCACUGACAGGAAAAAUUAUAUGACCUUGACCUAACCAAAUGAAAUACAUUGCAGCAAUGUUCUUCACAAACAUUUCAAAGUAGGCAUAAAGUGAAGCAUCUUUUUACCAAACGGUAAAGGAAGGGAAUACCCUUAAAUCUCUGUCAACAACCCAAAUCUUACCUUAUACCGAUAAUCCCAACGCAAUUACUGCACAUCUGGUGUAGCACGUUUAGAAAGACAAGUUGGCUUUAAAGGCUUUUUGGUUUAGAAACUUUUUAAAAUGGAGGACUAUAUAGAGGCCAAAUUUGAAUUUUUGAGAAAAUCGCUACACCUUUUUAUGAGAACCAGUAAAUUGAAGUUCAGGCUGGCUAAUUUAUACGAAAAUCUGGGGCUGGAUUGUUCUUUAUUUGUUCCUAUAUUAUCAGGUUGCAAGCAGUGCAAUUGCUAGCUAUUGCGCUCUACGGAUGUGGUCAGGUCUUGUUCACCAACAAAGUUAGUGAGUGAGAUAAACAUUUGCGCGUUGUCAAUGGCUUUAUUUACGCGAGUGUAUAGGCGUUGUCAACGGGCACUGACUGUUGCAAAACUCGUUGGUAUGAUGUCUAGCAAUUUCCUUUGAUUCUGCGAUUUCUCAGAAAUAACUAGACCCAAAUGAGCACAAACAAAGCACCAGUUCCUAUUUUCCAUUAUUGCUGCAUUGAAAUUUGAUGAAUACAGAGAGCAUCUAUUUAUUCGAGGUCAAGAAGGACGUUUCAUGUAGCGAACGUAAUACAACGCAUUCAAAGAGCGUGAAUCGUGGCACUUGAAUCGAAGUGCUAUAUAUACACCUUAAAUGUCAGAUACGCUUCAUUGUCUUGGACCCUCUUAUCAUAAAGAAGGUCGCGCAUUCAGGGGAUACGAGUCCAUGGUGUGGUGAUGGGUCGUCCCUCCCUUUAAAUUACCAAUUUUAAUUCAACAACUUCACUUCUCCCUAUUAUGUUUUGAGAUUGUAUUUAUGAGAGCCUGGGGAUAGCCGCCUUGUUUAUUUUGUACCACUGCGCCAGUUUUCUUAAAAUCACGUCUUGCUUUCACAUAUCUUGUAAUGCGGCUCUGAUUGACGUCCUAACAAUUCAUGGUGUUUGAAACAUGACGUUCCACGGUCGUAGCCACUUAAAAAUCUUUUGCAACUCACUGCAUUUUCGUGUGGUCCUUUGACUCAAAAGUUCUGUAGGCUAAAUGGGUUUGUCCAAAAAUAGAGGCGUUUAAUUUUAUCUUUCCAACUAAUAUUUGGUGUUCUACGCCAAAACCAGAUUUCACAAGCUUCUAGUUUUUCUUUUCAGCUGUUUUCAACGUCCAUGCCUCUGAUCCGUAUAGAAGGACACUUCAAAUAGGGGUUUUAAUCAUACUGUUCUUUUAAUCUGAGCUAAGGCCUUGCGAUAAAAACUCACGUCUCUUGUUGAAUGCUGCUUUUGCCAUUCCUAUUCUUUUCCGGAUUUUCACUUCACAUUUACCAAUUUCGCUUACCAUUCCAGCAACCUAUUUCAAGUGGCUGAUUUGUCCAAGUUCUGUUCCAUUUAUGCUGCUAUCUUUAACAUUCAAUUGAAUCUGACCAACUUUUAUUGAUUGUUUUCUUUACAUUUAUUUUCAUGCCGUAUCUUUUUCCGGCUUCAUUGAAAGCAUUCGUAAUUUGUUGUAAUCCUACUUCUGAGUUGCUUACCAUAGCAUGAUCAUCUACAGCGAUUCCUUAUUGACAUUUUCCAAUGCCCCUCUUGCUAGUGCUUCUAUGGAUUUGUUAAAAAGGGUAGGUACCAGUGGGCAUCCUUGUCUUGCUCCUACUCCGAUCACUCCUGGGUCAGAUUCUCCUGCUGCCUUUUCUGGCAAUUGCCUGUUUAAAUUCGAAAUGAUGAUUUCUUGGAUAGAACAGGAGAAAGAAGGUGCCUAUAAAGAAUAACAAAUACCCGGAAGUAAAAGUGGCUCGCACACGUGAUGGGACAUGAGAACUUGCUAAAAAUUGCAAUAGAAGGAAGAAUGAAAGGAAAAGACCAAGAAGACGGCCUAGAACGGAAUGUUUGAGUAAGUAAUGGAUGGCCAUUAUAGCCAUAUCAAAGAAAAAGCAAUGAAACCUAAAGUUUAAUUGAGACGAAACCUGCCACCAGCCAGAUUACUCAGAGAAGAAGAGCGCCUACAGGGAAGGCAUUACCUGUGUGUAGGGCAGUGUUUGUUAACCACUAUGCCCCGGCACAGUGGCUAGACAAUUUUUUAGACAACUUUAACUUCAACUUAGACAACUCAGACCUCUUAGACAACAACUUAGACAACUUUUAGACAACUUCAAUUAAGUUGUGUAAAAAGUGAAGAAAAAAAAUGAAAAUUGUUUUCCGUAAAUAACGUGCCAUAAUGAUCGGGACAGUAACCAAUUAAUACUCUUCCAUAUCUACUUUGAGAACCUCUUUAUAUUGUGAAUAUAGGCCAUGCCAUUGUUUAACAUUUUCUGUUGGUGGUGUGCCUCGUGUUUUUUUGGAUUAAAAAUUGUGCCCGUGGAUCAAAAAAGCUUCAAAAACACUAGCCCUGUGUGCAGACUCUAUUGACAAAUUUAAAAGAGGAGAAAACUUUUUCUCUUAUUUAAAACUUUUUCUCUUCUUUUCUAAGAAAACUUUUUCUCUUCUUUUCAAUUUCUGAGCCUGCACGCAGGCUACAAAAACACAGGUAUCGGACAUUCAGUAGUUAUGCACUCAAAGGCAGCAUGUGUCAAUCUGGAGGGCCUUUUUGAGAAUUUUUUCCUAGGGUAAAGCUUAAUUGCCUCGUAGCUAAUUUUUGGUCUGAAUUUGUAGCACCGCAUUCAUACCUUUUUAAUCUAAACAGAACCCCAGGCCGGAGGCUCGCUAGAAGGUUUUAGAAAAGAUGAAAAUUUAACAACGCUACAAUGUCAAGUAUAGAGACCAUUUCAGCCUUCAAUUUUAGAACAAGGGCGUUUCCAGGAACGAAAACAUUGCGUGGUCAAAAAGCUUUUCACGUUUCAUGAUAGGCAAAGAAUUGCAAAUACCAGAGGUUACUAAAAGACAGAAUUUAUCUAUCUGUGGAAUUGUUCAAAAAUAAGUAUUCUCAUUUAUAUCAAGAGUUUUCAAUAAUUUUGGCGGGUUAGCAACGAGACUUACUUUACUACUGUUCAACCUAUACUUAAUUUUAUUUCUCAAUUGUCCGCUCAAAUACCUGUUUAGUUUCCAAAUACAGAAUCUACGCCUUGAAUUCUUGCAAGCUAUUCAUAUUUUACAGAAUCCCUCGGCAGCUAGUAAAAUCCAUCUGCUCGCACAAUAUUGUGCAUAUGGUCAAAAAGCUCAUGUUUUUAAAAUUUCCAUAAAUUUUUUUCCCCAAAAUGGAUUUUAGGCGAUUUUGGAUUUGUUAUAGAGGAAAAAAUUCUACGCCAAAUGAUGUACGUUUUGCUUUUCUACUAAUUUUUCCUGGUUCAUCACCUCGACGACUGCGCUAUUGGCAAGACAUAACAAAUCGUGAGGUUUUUAAGAGUUAUAUACAAAUUUACCUAUUUGACUCCGAUUUACGCACCUGGCCUAUUUGAAUCUGAGCGCUGCAAAUUUUUCUUCACCACAACAACUCCCCCCCCCCUCCCAAAUUUACCCGCUGUAUCUCGGGAAAAAUGAAGCUUAUCGAGAUUGCUGUAAGGGAUGUUGUUAUGGACGUGACUGCGCAGAAUUCGGGGAAAUGGGUGCAAACCUGGCAUUAACAAGAACUACGAGCUUACAGCCAGGGCCGCCGAGAGCGGUCGGGGGCAAGGGGGACAAAUUGGCCCAAUGCCUCGAAGUCUAAGGGGACUCUUAAGGUAUUGAAUUCCUUUUUAAAUUAAUCACACGUAGCAAAUGUAUCUCUAAAAAUAGUUAAACAUUUUAAACGAUUGCAGGAAAAUGACUGUAAGAAAGGUUCUGAAAUGCAUUUUAAGCUAAUCUCAAAGACGUGUUCGGAAAAAUCUUCGGUUUGCCUCAGAGCCUCCGAAGAAUCUCGGCGACCUUAUUUACAGGAGGUUAAUUCAUACAUUGAAUGGAUACCAGCAGAGGGGUAUAACAAGAGAAGUAAAUAAAGGAAAUCCGCAAUACAUGUUUUGUAUUCAAAGUACGUUUAUUGUCAGUUCAAGGUAUGUAGCAACAAUAUUUGUUGGCUUAGUAACGAACGAGUGACCUUACCUGGCUGUCUUCAAUAGUUUGUCACUCAUGACAUGAAAUGUCGAUCGCAGCCAUGGAGAAGACAUUACGGUUUCGAUGGCGCGAUGAAUCGUUGGCUGUCACAAACCAUUCGUCUGGAAUCUCUUUGCGAGUUAUUUCGUUCACGGUGCAGUAGCUUGUAAGGCUUUACAGAGAGCUGUUAUCAUGAAGUUACUCUUCGUGUGCACUUCAAUUUUUGUCACAUUGCUUAAAUUAAAAGACACUCAAAGUGAAAUGUAUGGCAUACACAGGACCUCUUGCCGGCGUGAUGCACUUUUCAAGUUGACAGACCGAGGUAAAAGAAUAUCGGGUAUCCCAACAGUCGAAGUUCUGUCCGUGACAUCGAGAGCGAUCUGUGUCCGAAACUGUUUACGACGCGUAAGCUGUUUGUCUAUAAAUUUCAGAUCAACUGGCAAUAAUGAAAAUAACUGUGAAUUAGUGGACUUGAACAAGUCAAAUUCAAGUGCAGUUUUAACGACUAGCGCUGGAUGGGACCACUACGAACCUGUCAAUCAGAUUGGGCCACGUUGCAGGCUAGUCGCAUGCGACGCCGGGUUUGCUUGUCACGAAAGCUGCUCGGUAAUUGCUGGUUAUGAGUGUAAAGACAUCAACGAAUGUGCCAGCUCACCUUGCCAGAAUGGUGGAACUUGCGUUGAUCAAGUGAACCAGUAUACGUGCCAGUGUGCUGCCGGGUACAAUGGAACAAAUUGUGGCACAAACAUCAAUGAAUGUGCCAGCUCACCUUGCCAGAAUGGUGGAACUUGCGUUGAUCAAGUGAACCAGUAUACGUGCCAGUGUGCUGCAGGGUACAGUGGAACAAAUUGUGGCACAAACAUCAAUGAAUGUGCCAGCUCACCUUGCCAGAAUGGUGGAACUUGCGUUGAUCAAGUGAACCAGUAUACGUGCCAGUGUGCUGCCGGGUACAGUGGAACAAAUUGUGGCACAAACAUCAAUGAAUGUGCCAGCUCACCUUGCCAGAAUGGUGGAACUUGCGCUGAUCAAGUUAACCAGUAUACGUGCCAGUGUGCUGCCGGGUACAGUGGAACAAAUUGUGGCACAAACAUCAAUGAAUGUGCCAGCUCACCUUGCCAGAAUGGUGGAACUUGCGUUGAUCAAGUGAACCAGUAUACGUGCCAGUGUGCUGCAGGGUACAGUGGAACAAAUUGUGGCACAAACAUCAAUGAAUGUGCCAGCUCACCUUGCCAGAAUGGUGGAACUUGCGUUGAUCAAGUGAACCAGUAUACGUGCCAGUGUGCUGCCGGGUACAGUGGAACAAAUUGUGGCACAAACAUCAAUGAAUGUGCCAGCUCACCUUGCCAGAAUGGUGGAACUUGCGCUGAUCAAGUUAACCAGUAUACGUGCCAGUGUGCUGCCGGGUACAGUGGAACAAAUUGUGGCACAAACAUCAAUGAAUGUGCCAGCUCACCUUGCCAGAAUGGUGGAACUUGCGCUGAUCAAGUUAACCAGUAUACGUGCCAGUGUGCUGCCGGGUACAGUGGAACAAAUUGUGGCACAAACAUCAAUGAAUGUGCCAGCUCACCUUGCCAGAAUGGUGGAACUUGCGUUGAUCGAGUGAACCAGUAUACGUGCCAGUGUGCUGCCGGGUACAGUGGAAUAAAUUGUGGCACAAACAUCAAUGAAUGUGCCAGCUCACCUUGCCAGAAUGGUGGAACUUGCGUUGAUCAAGUGAACCAGUAUACGUGCCAGUGUGCUGCCGGGUACAGUGGAACAAAUUGUGGCACAAACAUCAAUGAAUGUGCCAGCUCACCUUGCCAGAAUGGUGGAACUUGCGCUGAUCAAGUGAACCAGUAUACGUGCCAGUGUGCUGCUGGGUACGGUGGAACAACCUGUGCCACAAGCAUCCCUCCGUCAACACAGUUUUCAAAUAACGGUUACACUGGUCGAAGUGGUGUCAUUCAACAAUACACGGUACUGCAGACUGGAUCAUAUCGAAUUGAAGCCGGAGGAGCGAGGGGAGGAAAACAUGUUACAAACUAUGGCAGCUAUCCAGGAACAUUCUAUGGUGGAUAUGGUGCUAAAACCCAAGGUGACUUUUUUUUCCCGGCUGGUACUCAACUGAACAUAGUGGUGGGACAUAGAGGAGGGAAUUCAGUUGAGGUCCAAGGUGGCCAAGCAACAACCGCCACAGCAGCCUCCCUCGGAAGUUCAAUAGAAGACAAUGCAGGUACCGGUGGUGGAGGUGGGUCAUUUGUUUAUUCAACAGCAAACGUACUUUACAUAGCUGCUGGAGGUGGAGGAGGUGCUACCGCUGGAUGGAAUGGUGUAAACGGUCAGGCUGGACAAAGUGGGGCUGCUGCAGUUGGAUCAAGUAGCACUUUAGGAGCAGGAGGAACAUCGGGCAAUGCAGGCGGUUGCUGCAACACUGGUAGCUACCAUGGAGGUGUAGGUGCUGGGUGGCACAGUGUUGGUGGUAGCAGAGCUGGUUUGGAACAUGGAGAACGAGGCGGAGGGAUAUCUCAAGGGUGGGUAGGUGGACAGGCUGGAAAAAUGAAUUCAGGAAAUAAUGGGGGACCUGCACCUGGAGCAGUUGGUGGCUUUGGUGGUGGAGGCGGAGGGUCUGAAGACAAUGGUGCUUCAGGCGGUGGUGGGGGCUAUUCUGGUGGAGGAACUGGUGGUUAUAAUAAUGCAGCUGGCGGAGGUGGAGGAUCAUUCUGCGGUGGCACUAAUUGUCUUGCAACCACAGGUGGAAAUACUGGUAGUGAAUAUGGCUAUGUCAAAAUCACAAUGAUCUAGAAAGUUUUAAACUGUGCUACGGAAAAAGGUUAUCUGAGUUCCAAGAAGAUAUUUUAAAAGUAAACAUGAGGGGUGUAGAUGUCUUGGUGUUUGCUUAUUCAACAAAAUAUUUCGAGGUUAACGAGGUUAACGAGCAAUGGUAUCAGUAUGUGUAUUUAUUGAGUGCAUUUUAUUAAAUUGGUGCACUUUUGUAAAGACGGUUUAUACAAUGGUGAAGACACGGGGGUACUGGGAAUGUUGGGGGGACGGAUUCUAUUUUGGCAGAGAAUUUUUUGUGACAUGGUUCUAUAGUUUUACAACUGCGUUGACGUAACCAAACGUUGGUCUUAGGCGAUCGCAAUUGGUAAAAUUAGGCAGCCUUUUCACUAACAAAGCUUAAAACAAAAGCGGUCAACCGUUUUUGCGUUGCGUUCCCGCUAACCUACUUGAAAGACGGACAAGUUUAAAAACGGGCCUCCGAGUGGAUCAGUUUUAACCCGGAUAUCUGUUAACCCACCUGUGGGCUAGUGACAACGCCAAACCCGGAAAACUAUUGAUCCAUUUACAACAAUAACAACAACAACAGCAUUGUACAAAAAUUGGUUUCUUUGGUUUCUUUUUAAAACAAUCUAAAUUGUAGAGGGCUGAGGAUUCAUCUUAAGCUUGGGUACAGUUUUACCCAGCUCAGUGGAAACGUUCAAAAACGGAUUACAACGGGCUUAAAGCCAGCUGGCGUUUUCAUUGAACUACUAUAAAGGCAGAUGCAUUUUAGCCUGUUUUUGUUUCAACCCGGACUAGGGAAAGGCUGUUUAAACCGGCAUUUCUCAUAAUAUUGCCUUUUUCUGUUGAACGCCGACCGAUUUGCUUCACAAAUAUACAUACUUUUGAAGUAUUAUUAACAGUUGCGAUAAUAUCUGUCAAUUAAUGUUUUGAACAUUAGUAUUUCAACUGUAUUGCGCAUUUUGAUAGGGAGAAUGCGAGUUUCCAGACCAGAAAAAGAAACUACGCAAACGUUGUAUUGCUUGAAAAUUAACAACUUGGUAAGGAAGGUUACUUUCGCACAAAGAUAUUUAUUUCCUAUAAAUUAACCAUAUCAACUGUAAAACGCUGCUUUAAGUAUGUCUUCUUUUAUUCCUAGAUUAAGGGACUGUGAUUUUAACUUUGGUACCGUAUAUUUGUUUCCUCAUCAAGGUUGGCACCAGAAGUUUUUAAAACGAGGGUGCUGGCUCGAAUAUCUUCCUUCUCUCAGGCUAACAGUAGCAAGUUUGAUUUGAAGCUUCAACGAAGGGGGAGGGGGCUAUCACCCUCCGAUGUGGGGACUAUAUCCCUCUAGCCCUCCCCUCGUGCCACCAAUGCCACAUAUGCAUCAAGAAUGCUACUUUCCCCGUUACUUUAUUUGAUAAGCGGCAAGAAAGAAAAAAGGUGCCCUGUUUGUCUUCCUUCAUGCAUUGUACCCAUCGGUAAAGAGGUCUCAAUAUUUUUUACGGACCAGACGGUAAACUUUUUUCCUUUACAAUUCCGAUGCGCCCAAUUGAUGGCAAAUUUCCCUCUACGUUAUCAGCUUUUGAUUUUUUGCUACGCUAUUUCACUCAUUGAAAAAGUAGCUCCAUUUACAAAAUUAUGAUUAUAACAGAUCGUCAUUCAAAUAUAUAUCUCAUCUUUAGACUUAUUUGCCCUGUAUCAAGGUCUUCAUUUUUUCCAUAAAAGAUUUUAAAUCAAAUGCUCGUAGAACUUAUAAAUAAAUGCUUUCUAUUCUAUGAAUGCAAUUAAUAAAGAGAAGUGGACCUAGAUAUGAGCGUUGAGGAGCACCAUAUUUCCUUACUUUAAAUUGCAUUUACGAUAUAAUUGGAUAGAAUCAUAUGAUUGAUACAGCCGUAUCUUUGUUUAUGCAAAUUAAUAGGUGGAGAUGGUUUUAAAAAUCUAUAUUAAGAUCCCGUCCUCCUGCACAGAUAAAAAUUGAGCAUACAUUUGCUAAACCUAACUCUAUUUUAGAAUCUUAUUAGCUUUUCUUUAUCUGCUACUGCUACCAUUUCUCUCCUUAACAUGAAAUUAUCAAGUCAAAUUAUUUUGAUUGCAGUUAAUAACCAGGAAAAGUAAGAUAAGAAGGAAAAUUAAGUUUCGAGAAACUGCAUUUUCGUCAUUCUUUCAAAUCCAUUCUUCAGUGAUAGAUCUAGUCUAUUAUCAUUAUCAUUAUUAUUAUUAUAACAUUAUUUCCAGUUAGUUGAAAUAAAGAUAGUUCUAACUUGAACUAAUUAAGACCAACUAUUUACAUUAAAAGAAAUACUAAUUACAAUAAAUAUAGACGUAACUAUACUAUAAGUUCAGUUUAAAGGUUAAUAGUGUGAAGGUAAAUAGCCUAAUAGUUUAAAGGUACACGAACGGGUUUUUCAAAGCCUUCAAAUGCAAUAUUAUAUGGUUUCUGUUAGCCUCACUAUUUAUAAAUUUGUCGAAUACGUUUGACUAUAUCGAAAUGAAUCGUUGCUCUAGUUUAAUUAAUGAUCUUUGCACGUUUGUUGAUUGGCUGAAGACGACUUAGGUGGAAAACAAGUAUUCAACUGUAAACAAGUUGUAAACAAGUUGUAAAUUAGUUGUAAAUUAGUUGUAAGCAAGUUAUAAACAAACAAUAUUUUAUUGAAGUACCACUUGCAUUGAAGUAACAAACAAUGUUAAUUUUGUGAGUUGUCUGCCUGCUCGUACCGUUACGGCAAAGUAGUAAAAAAAAGUAAAAAUAUAGAUUUGCAGUUAUGUUGAAUGCACAAGUGCGAGUGAAAAUUCUGCUAAAAAUGUCCUUUUAUUGUUGUUUGCUGUCCACUUUCAAACAAUUGCUUUGCAGAAACAAACGCUUUAAAAGAUGCUUAAACUUGUGCAGAAGAGUGCAGAAGAAAAACUUUAGCAUUCUUUAAAAUGUUAGUUUUUUGUAUAAAACGUUUGUUUACAUUUCAACCGGCAUUUAUAUGGCUGGUGAGAAGAACACUUAAUCAUACUCGUU